AAAUCGAGAUCAAAUCAAAAGCGUACGAAGGGUCGCAGGGCAGUUAAAUUAGAUAAAAUGGCGUUUAGCUUUCCUGCGUUUUCGUAUAUUAUAGCGUUAAUUGUAGACGCUUUUCUCAUAUUCUUUUCAAUAUUUCACGUAAUAGCUUUUGAUGAAUUAAAAACUGAUUAUAAAAACCCUAUAGAUCAGUGCAACAGCCUUAAUCCACUCGUGUUGCCAGAGUACUUACUACAUUUACUUAUAAACGUAUUAUUCCUGUUGUCGGGAGAAUGGUUCUCUUUGCUGAUAAACAUUCCUUUGAUACUAUAUCAUUUUCACAGAUAUUAUAACCGGCCAGUGAUGUCGGGGCCGGGUCUGUAUGACCCCACAAGUAUCAUGAAUGCCGAUGUGCUGACUAUUUGUCAGAGAGAAGGCUGGAUCAAAUUGGCAUUCUAUUUGUUGUCAUUCUUUUUAUAUCUCUACGGAAUGAUUGUGGUGUUGAUAGCUGCGUAGCGUGAUAUCUGGAGACAAUCUGAGGCGAGCCGAUGCAACAAAGCAUGUUGUUAUUGUGUCAGUAGUGUGAAUGGCAGUAUUUGUAAUAAAGUUUCUUAUUAAUUUAUAUACAACACAACUUCUUCAACGAACCUAGUGCCUAAUUUUAUAAUUUGAAUAACUCUAGGAGUUAAAAUAAAACUGAAGUUCUAACUUCUAGACUUAUUCCCAAUAGUUGAAAAUAGUGUAAUAAAUUAUAUAAAUAGCUAACAAUAUUUAUAUUUUGCAUAAAGGUUGAUUACAAUUACAAAAGACUUAAUUGUAAAUCUUGCAAAUAAAUGAUUCUAUUCUAA